CCAAAAGCGACACCAAGCGGUGUAUCCGGGAACCAGUCUACUCGGGCAUCUGACACGGAAAUAAACCAUACGCGAGUUCUUCCAAAGGGAACAUGGCUGGCAGAAACCUAUUCACGAGAAUUUCGCCUCUUCGGAAGGCCCUUCCCCAGUUGCAUCAGACAAGGCUGGCCCAGACUGCUGCAGCUGCAGCCCCACAACUCAGCCCCAAGAUAAAGAAGUUUCAAAUCUACAGAUGGGACCCUGACAAGACUGGUGACAAACCCCGUGUUCAGACCUAUGAAGUGGACUUGAAUCAAUGUGGUCCAAUGGUUCUUGAUGCUUUAAUUAAGAUAAAGAAUGAGAUGGAUCCAACCUUGACAUUUAGAAGAUCCUGUAGAGAAGGUAUCUGUGGGUCAUGUGCUAUGAACAUUGAAGGCACAAACACCCUCGCAUGCAUAAUUAAGACCGACACAAACCUGAGUAAAACCUGCAAGAUAUAUCCCCUGCCACACAUGUAUGUUAUCAAGGAUCUCGUCCCUGACAUGAGCAACUUCUAUGCCCAGUAUCGCUCCAUUGAACCGUACCUUCAGAAGAAGAAUGAGACAGAGGCAGAUGUGGGAAAGGAGCAGCAUCUUCAGAGUGUGGCUGACCGGGCUAAGCUGGAUGGACUGUAUGAGUGUAUACUGUGUGCGUGCUGCUCCACCUCCUGCCCCAGCUACUGGUGGAACUCUGACAAGUACCUGGGACCUGCUGUCCUCAUGCAGGCUUACAGGUGGAUGAUUGAUUCUCGUGAUGACUUCACUGAUGAAAGGCUGGCCCGGAUGGAGGACAAGUUCUCUGUUUACAGAUGCCACACUAUUAUGAACUGCACCAAAACUUGCCCAAAGGGUCUGAAUCCAGGUCAGGCAAUUGGAGAGAUGAAGAAAAUGCUCCUGUCCUACAACAAGACUACUGCAGCUCAUGCAUGAUGAGAGGAACACGAGAGAAGCAGAUGUCACCAGCAUAACUUAGCAAUGUUCUUGUUGCCAGGGAAUCUUCAAGCAACCAUCCUAGUACUUUCUUGCCCUUCCUUAAAUUCCAUUGUAACUAUGGCGGUGUAGCAACAGGGCAGUGUAGUAAAAUAUUGAAAUCAGGCAUACUUUGCAGGUUGAUUUCAGUGGUAUUCAGGUGUUUUUUGGCAAUGAUGUUAUUUCAAGGUAUUUACGACACUGGUGUGAACAUAUUUAUUUGCAUUUAUUUUGUGUAUAUCCAAGAACAUUUGAGGCCAGUGAUAUUCUGCUGCCUCCUUGUAAUGGUGAUUAUGGUCUGUAUGUUUCUGAUGUUGAAUUAUUCCUGUUUUUCACAUUGUCAUCGAAGAUCAGACUGACAUUUGCCCAACUGUUAGCCCUGUACAGUUAUGUUGACUUCCAGUAAAUCCUUUAGACAUGUUCAUGUGUGCAGCUCCAUCUGACAAGGGCACAAGGCCACAGCUAAGGUUAUCUGUUAACUUGAACAUCAAGUAAAUGUUGUUUUAAGAUUGUGAAUGCAACUGACAUAUUACGAUAAUCUAUGAAAGAAUUUUAUGCUCAGAACCAAAAAUUUAUCAAUGGUGGACUUUUAUUCAUCUGAAAUACGUAAAUGUCACAAAAUGUCUGGAGGGACUGGCACAGGUGUUGACACUGGAAUGGAACUGGUUUGUCAUUUGCACUCUUUGUUCAGGAGGAUGCCCAGGUGUGUAAGGGAGGUUGUGAAUGCAGGGGUCCACUCACUACUUGGAGCAGUGACAUUCCUACAGUUACAGCUGAUAUUGCUUUAUAUCGUAUUCACGAUCCCUGUGUACACAUUAGCCAGCCACCAAAUGCAGUGGAUUUGUUUCUAUUAUAUGUCGAAACGUUACCAGAUCAGUGUUUCAUUAACUGUUGGACUAUUUGGAUCAUGAACAAUGAAUUUUACACACAACACUUGUUUUUGAUUAUUGUGUAACUGUUUAUAUGUAUUUGUGGUGAAUUAAACUCUGCCAAUGCUUAA